GCUGGGGUCUCAAUUGUUCGGUUAGCACCUUAGCACCUCACUCGUGCAUGUGUGAUUAUACAUCAUCCUUUAUAACCAUGUCUAUUAUCACGGGCCAAUAGAAUAGGCUACUCUAUAGCCUUGUCAUUCGGCAAUAUCUCAUCAACUAACCCCGGACAGAACAAAAGAUGGCACAUCCUCCAAAUCAAGAGUUGUCUGCGACAACAGAGGAACCAAGGCACGAUCGCGAUGGACCUCAACCUGGGUUAACACGCGCCGCCACCUUACCUGCCGAAUUUCUUUCGCAACGGACCGCUCGAUCUCACUUGGCCCCUGAAGAUGCUUUCAACGCAGCACGGCUCUCGCGAAGACAAUCAGGCUUCGAGCCUAACGCAGUUAACCAAAGCCGCCCUGAAUCGCGAUCGCGGAAGAUGAGCUCCAAACUCGGGAGUAGGAGUAGAAGCAGGCGACGGAAACGCACUUGGAAGAAAUUACUAUGGGUCAAGCAGUCUUACCCGGAUAAUUACACGGACCAGGCCACGUUCCUCGAAAACCUGCAACGGAACCCGCGUCUUCAGCCCUACGAAUUCUGGCCCCUCGUCGCCGACUCGACCGUUAUCCUCCAGCAAGUAUGUUCUGUCAUCAUAUUCGUCGUCUGCUUUGUCGGAAUAUUCCAAGAGCGUGUGUCACCUGUCGCCGUCGUGGGCUGGGGUAGCUUCGCGACAUUUGUAGGUUGGCUGCUAUGGGAUUUCUGGGUGGGACAGGAAGACGAGGACGAGGUACUACUGCGGCGCCGAAGCAAUCGCAACCGCUCGAUACGGGAACCUAGUAGGAGAGGGCGAUCAGUUGCUGCGGGUACGUCUGCUAUGAGCUCGGUAACGAAUUUAGCGGUAACGGAGCGAUACCCCCAGGGGAACCCAAUUGCAAUACGGCAAUCCCAUUCCACUUCUGCCAUUUCCCUGCAGUCCAGCGCAUCUCAAGCGAGUAACGUAGGUAGGAGGUCCUCCGAGUCCAUCGAUAUGCCGAGCCAUCGUCCUUCGUCUCCCCUCCGUAACGGAAGGGCCAAUCUUCGCCUCAGCACCGUGAAGUCUGCCAUCCUCAUUUAUUUUACCCUUCUGGGCUUAUCACCCAUUUUGAAGUCCCUUACGCGGUCUACGUCAUCUGACAGUAUAUGGGCCAUGUCUUUCUGGCUAUUGGCGAUAAACAUAUUCUUCCAUGAUUACUCUUCAGGGCCUGUGAAAUUUCCAGCCUCCCUUUCAACUAACGCGGCGUUGAUGGCAUCCACGGUGCUAGCCUCCCGCUUGCCAUCCACCGGGCAGGUCUUUAGCCUUACGUUAUUCAGCAUUGAGGUGUUUGGCUUAUUCCCUGUUUUUAGACGCUACGCUAGACACCGGAGCUGGAAUUAUCAUGUCGCGCUAUCCAUAUUGCUUGUGAUUGGAGCGGGAGGUGGAGUCGGCCUAAUAGUAGGCGAAGAAAAGGAUGCGAUAUGGCCGUGGAGAAGCGGUCUCCUAGGUGUCUUAGUAGCAGCUAUUAUCGCUGUCGUUGCUAUGGGCGGAUGUAGUUGGUGGCUUAUUGGGCUUCAGAAGUAUAAAAAUGCCAUUAAUGGACCUUGGGACCAAGCAAGACCGAUUAUUAUUAGUCGGCGGCUGUGGGAAGACGAAUAGAAUGAAAUGAAUGAUUUUAUAAUGAAACUACCAAGCACCUUUGGGGGGAGCAUAUUCUUGAGCAACAUGUUAGAAAUAUAUAAGUCUAAGCCCAUGGGUUAGGUGAGGUAUGCUGCAAUGUACCUAGGUAGGUAUUGUAAUUAUCAUAAUGCCGUACCUACAUAUUGGGUCCUAUGCACGUGGCAAGGCGUUGUUAUUAAGGUUAGAACAUUAGGAUCGUAGUAGGCUCCGGGUACCUAGGACGAAGAUGAGUUGUCCCACCAGUAUGUCUUAUGUAGGUACCUACCUGGUACCUAGGUAGGUAGGUA